AUGAGCGCUCCCGGCCCCGAUCGCGAUCCCGGCCCCGGUCGCGAUCCCGCCGCUCCCGAUCCUGCCCAUCCCGAGCCCUCCGCCGGAUCCAGCCUCGGCUCGCUGCUCCAUACCCUGGAGGACCCCGCGGCGCCGCCGGGAGAGCUGACGGACGCGCACCUCACCAUCGUCAGUCGCUUCACUGGGGAAGGAGGCAAAGCGUUCACUGCAGAUGUCAGGAAACACUUCCCUCAGCUCUGCAAGGUGUUCAAGGCACACAUUUCCAGUCCAAACUUGGAGCUCAGUAAUGCAGCAUUGCAGGCCUUGGGGUUCUGCACUUUUAAUUCAAGUAACACAGCUGAAUUAUCUGGCACUGAAGCCCAGGAGCUGCUGGCAGCCGUGAACAGCGUCGCUGUGAAAUGCUCUGACAAAAACACUCGCACCCGGGCGCUUUGGGUCAUCUCCAAGCAGGCUUUUCCUCCAGAGAUUGUUCAAAAAGAGGUGUCCAGUGUCCUCUCCACCCUGGAAACAAUCCUGGCUAAGGGAGAAGUUCAGUCUGUUGUGGUGGAAUAUGAAGCAGUUAAUGUCAUCAUUCGCCUGGUGGAACAAGCCCCAUCCCAGAUGGCAGAAGAGGCAGUGAGGUGGGCAAAGCUGGUCCUGCCCCUGGUUGUGCACUCAGCUCCCAAAGUGCAGCUCCGAGGAGCCACUGCCCUGGAGAUGGGAAUGCCCCUGCUCCUGCAGAGGCAGCACGAGGUGGCAGCGGUCACCGAGCACCUGAUGAGCACAAAAUUAAUUUCCGAACUCCAGAAAUUAUUUUCUGCCAAAAACGAGACCUUCGUGUUAAAGCUGUGGCCCCUGUUUGUCAGAUUGCUUGGAAAGACUUUGCAUCGUAGUGGAAGCUUCAUCAACUCCCUGCUGCAGCUGGAGGAGCUGGGGUUCCGCAGUGGCUCCCCAGUGGUGAAGAAAAUUGCUUUUAUUGCAUGGAAGAGCCUCAUUGAUAAUUUUGCCCUAAAUCCAGACAUCCUGUGCAGUGCUAAAAGGCUGAAAUUGCUGAUGCAGCCCCUGAGCUCCAUCCACGUGAGGACAGAGGCUCUGGCUCUGACCAAGCUGGAGGUGUGGUGGUACCUGCUGGUGAGACUGGGACCUCACCUGCCCUCCAACUUUGAACAGGUUUGUGUCCCAUUAAUCCAGAGUACCCUGAGUGUGGAUCCUGCUGCUGCAUUGCCAGGAACUCCCUCCCGUCCCAGCAACCCCAACCUGAGCUCAGCAACCCCUGGGCAGAAAUCAGGUCCUUUCCCAUUUGGGAGCCCGGGCACUCCCAGGCUGGCCCCGAGCAGCAGCGGAGCGGCGCUGCCCUUCCCCUCCAUCCAGACCCUGGGCGUGGAAAUGCUGCUGCACUUCCUGCGGGGACCACGGGCCCUGCAGUUUGCAAAGCACAACAGCCUCGUGCUGAGUCUGGAGCCUCUCCAGCACCCUCUGAUCAGCAGCCCUUCCUUUUUUUGCAAGCAUGCCAGCACUCUGAUAAAUGCUGUUCAGGAUGGCUUUGUUGCUGUUGGAAAAGAAGUUCCUGACUGUUUGCUGAACGUCAUCUGGAAGGACAUCACAGGAUUUGUAAAAGCAGCAAUUGAAGCAGGAAAUAAGAAAGAGAAGCAAGGCUCAGAAAUGCUGACCAUGUUACUGCAGGCUUUAAAAAACACUGUGAGAUCCAAUUCUCUGCCUGCCCACAAAAUCCUGUCCCUCAUUGACAUCACUGUCAAGGAGCUGCCCCCAAAAGUUUUGGGAUCCCCAGCUUAUCAGGUGGCAGAUAUGGAUCUGUUAAAUGGAACUCCAGCUCUGUUCCUGAUCCAGCUGCCUUUCCAUGAAAAUCUCUUGGAAUGCUGUGUGACAGAUGAAAGGUUGCUGCCCGUGCUGGCAGCCCUGGUGGGCAGUGCCCUGAGCGGGCCCCGCUCUGCGCUUGCCUUUGCCCAGGCCCUGCUGGGCCUCGCUGCCCGGAGCGCCGCAUGCCUGCGCCAGGAGCGCCUGUGCCGCCUGUGGAGCCUGCUCGUGGGGCCCCUCACCGACUGGAUCAGACAGAAUAACGAGGUGAACCAGGGGGAUGCCCUGGAGCACAACUUCAGUGCUGUGUACAGUGCUUUGUUACUGCCUGUAUUCCACAUUUUCCCCACUCAGGGAUUACCACAGCCAACUCUGAAAUCUUUGCUGCGUUCUUGGUCCGACCUCUAUCGAGUUUUUGCUCGUUGUGCUGCUCUGGUGGCAACAGCAGAAGAAAAUUUGUGCUGUGAAGAACUUUGUGCCAAAAUUCUGUCUGGGCUAGAAGGUGAAACUCCAGUAGUGUUUUCCAUGCUGGAAGGUCUCACCCACCUUGUGUCAGUCAUGGUUGACUGCAUCAACUUUGCACCCUAUGGGACCAAAUUCCAGCCCAAAAACAGAUCUCCCCAGACUCCCACAGAGUGGGCUAAGAAGAAGAAGGAGCCCCUUGGCAAGCUGAGCUCUCUCUUCAAGCUGCUGCUGCUGCUCCUGAACUCGUUCCAUGAGUUCAGCUGCCAGGAGGUGCAUGCAGAAUCCCUGAUUUCCCUGGGCCCUUCCCUGCUGGCUGCGCUGCGCUCCAUCUUCAGCCACAUCUCGCUGCCUUCGCUCCUUGGCGUCACCUUGGAGCUGUUCUCCAAGCCCUUGGUGGUGUUCUAUGAAAAGAACAAGCUCCCUGAGGUACCCAAAGUCUACAGCAGCCUGAACAGCAAGCUGGAGGAGCUGCUGGCCGAGCUCCUGCAGUGCCUGCAGUGCCACUGCCCGGGCUCCUGUGACUCGCAGCUGCUGCAGCAGCUGGGCCCCGUGCUCUGCGUGGCCUUGCAGCACCGCAGCAGGCACGUCCGCCGGCAGGGCGCCCAGCUCUGGAACUGCACCUUUGCCAAGGCCUCCUGCCUCACCUACCCCGGGCAGCUCAGGUCUGUGUUAAACCAAGCCAGAAAGAAGCUCCCUCUGCUGCUGCCUGGUUUUGAAAGCAUUGAGAUGUCUGAGGAGUGCAGUGGGCCCUUCUCUGACAUGAUGGAGGAUUCCCAGCUGGAUGCAAAGAUCAGUGGGAUGGAGGUGAAGGUGGGACAGAGACGAGAUUCAAUAUUGGCACAGACGAGUGAAACAAAAAACGAUGGCAAAGACAAGUCCAGCAACGUGCAAUCACCCCCUGCCAAGUUAAAACUAGACUUUUCAUCUCCUAAGACGAGAAGUGAGGCGCUUCUGGAAGAGGAGAAAUCUGUUGAUUUUGUGUUUAUUCCUCCAGAAACAAAACCAAGAAUACUGACAGAACAUCAGAAAGAAGUGCUUAGGUCAAAGAGAGAUGAUAUUCCUGCCAUGUACAACAACUUGGAUGCAUCCCAGGACACCCCCUCACUUUCCCAGUACACCCAGAGCCAGGAGGAUUCUUUGGAAGUACCGCCUUCUGUAGAAAAUGCCAAAGGAGACACUGCAGACCAGCCUCAGGACAAAGAUUGUGCUGUUGGUGUUCUGGGACAGGAGGAGAAGGCGGGGAGUGAAGGAUGUCACUCAGAGGAGAGCCCAGCCUGCAGCAGCGAGGGGGAGGCCAACAACGAGACAGCCGAGAUGGUCCCAGAGGAAACAUCCACUGGGGAGGGAUUGGAGACAACUUCUAUGGAGGCAGCUUCCCAGGAGCCCUCAGCAGAGAAGGAGGACACCUCAGAUGUCACCAGCUCAGCUUCCAGUGACAUCAUCUCUGGCACCCCCCAGCCCGCGAGCCGGCGCCAGUCCUUCAUCACCCUGGAGAAAUUCGGGGCUGCAGAGGGCAGGCCCUUCAGCCCAGCCCCACUGAGCUCUGUGUUAGAGCUGCCUGGGACUGCUCCUGGGGCAGCCACUCGGGAAAACACCAGUGGCAGCAAAGGCCCUGCUAAAGCAGAGAAAUCUGCAGAGGAAAAUAAAAAUGCACCGAAGCGUGAGCCUGGGGCCGUGCGCAGGGUGACCAGGAGGCAGAGCAGGAUGGAGCUGCAGGGGAAUAAAUCCAAGCUCCAGGGCAGGUCAGAGGAGUCCCUGGCCUGUGACAGCCUGGAAGGCAGUGCUGAGCUGGCCUCUGCAGUGGAGGACGUGCAGCUGAGCCAGGCCCAGGCUCUGCCCUCCGCGGAGACGGAGAUCCAGAAAGCCGAGGAUGCGGUCCCAGAAAUGGAAAAGGUCCAGGAGCUGGACAUGGACUCGAAGGAAAACACCCCCCCAGACAGCAGCAGCUGCUCUGAGCAGGCCCCCGGGGAUGACAGCCAGGUGCCAGCAGUGUCCCCUCACCAGAAGCAGCUCCGGCGUUCCUCCAGGAGACGCUCCGAGACUCUGGAGAGCUCCUCGGGGAGCCAGGAGAAGGAGGAUGGGGUCCCAAAGAGAGACAGGAGGAAAGAGGAGGAGAAAGCUGGGCAGAAGAGGCUGUCACAGGGGAAGGGAGAUGGAUCCCAAAAGCAGAAAGGAAUUCCUGGGAAAACAACAGAAAGCACGAAGGAGAGCAGCCAGGCUGAGAGAGUGGCGGAGGAGUGGAGCUCCAAGGAUGAGGAGGGGAGCAGAGGAGGCAGGAGAGCAGAGGAUUCCCCCAGGGCCGAGGGGGAAGGUCAGGGCAGCCUCAGCACUGCAGGGCAGAAGGUGGAGCGCCCACGCUACCACACCAGGAGAUCUUCCCAAGGUUUGCUGUCCAGCAUAGAAAACUCUGAGGCUGACAGCUCUGAGGGCAAGGAGGACAGCACCAAGAAGAGAAAAAGCAUAAAAGUGAGGAGUAGAAGCAGUUCUCUGGAAGGUAAAUUGAAAGAGGGACAGGCAGGGAGCCAGGGCCUUGAGGGAUCUCCCCAGGGAAAUGAAACCAAGAGUCCACUGGAGGCAAAUCUGGGUGAUCCUGAGGUCAGCACGGGUGCUGCAGUGCCAGCUGAGCCAGCUGGCCUGGAGCACCAGGAAAUUCCUGCAGCUGCUGGAGAAGCUGUGGGGUCUGGCAGCUCUGAGAAUGAAGGUGCUCUGAAGGACACCAGCGUGGAGCAAAACAAGGGUGAUGCCCCCAUGGAGUCACUCGACAGCCCCUGUGUGCCUGAGCAGGAUGGGAGAGCAGCAGAGGAGAACAGUCAGGAGGAGAAGCAAACCAGCCCGGGGGGCUGUGCAGCAGCAGCAAAUGCUUCAGGUGCUGAGCCCUCCUCUGUGCAGAGCCACGAGUGUCAGAGCAAGAGGAGCAAAAGGGUGAAAAAAAUCAAGAGCUGUGACUGCUGCUUUAAAAAACCAAAGCAGCAGGUGACUGAAUCAAAGUCCCCUGAGACAAAAGAGGAGAAAGCUCCUGGGCUGGAGGAGCCUGAGGCCACCCCAGUGCAGACAGCUGGGAAUGUUUCUGGUCACUUGGAUCUGGAGGAGAGCUUGGCCCUGGCUCCGUGUGGGAUGAGCACUCCAUUGCACCCUCCCAAGGAACCCAGCACCUUCAGCUUGGAAAGCCAGGGAGUGGCUCUGGAAAACCUGGAGGGGAGCAGUGUGGUGGUGAAGGAGGAGAAUCCAGAGGGUUCGGCAUCUGAAACCACCGAGUCCAUGGAGGAAAUAGAGGAGCCUGCUGAGCAGAAGGAGCAGAUGGAGGAGGUUCUACCCAAGAGUGUUCCUGCAGAGCCCAGGGAGAGCUGCCUGGACCCAGGGGACCAAGGGGAAGAGCCAGCAGCUGCAGAAAAGGAAGAAAUAAGGGAAAAUGGACAACUGGAAGAGGUGCCUGAGGAGGAGCUGAGCGCUGACAGCAAACCUGAGGAAAAGGAGAUGAAGGAGCUGGAAGGAAAUCGGGAGGAUACAGGAGAAGCUGAGAACUCUGCUGGAGAAACUUGUGUUGUUCCAGGCGAAGAGAUGAAGGAUGAGGUGGUGGAAUGUGAAAUAAAAGUGCCUGAGAACGUGGCCUUGGCAAACACGAGCGUGGAUUCCCCUCUGAAGGUGGAAGGGGACCCCCAGGUGCAGGUGGCUGAAAGCCCCACCAGCCUCCAGGCCCGCUGCACAUGGUCCCCCUCAGCCUCCCCCUCCACCAGCAUCCUCAAGAGAGGGGUCAAAAGGAGCCAGGAGGAUGAUUCCCUGUCACCUGCCAAUAAGAUCCGUCGAGUCUCUUUUGCAAAUCCCAUUUUCCAGGAGGGCCUGGCAGACGACAUUGACAGGAGGAGUCCUGUCAUCAGAUCCCAUUCCUCACCCUCUUCCAGGAGUCUGAAAAUCCUCUCUAACAUGCAGGUCAGGCACAUUACCACUCCAACCAAAGGAUUUCUGUCCCCAGGAUCUCGUACCCUUAAAUUUAAGAGCUCAAAGAAGUGCUUAAUCACAGAGAUGGCCAAGGAAUCCCUGCCGUGCCUUACGGAAUUCGUGUAUCCUGCCUUGGCUGGCUGCAAAGCCCCUGUGGAUGUCAUUUUACCUCAGAUCACAUCCAACAUCUGUGCCAGAGGCCUGGGGCAGCUCAUCCGAGCCAAGAACAUCAAGACCGUGGGAGAUCUGAGCACCCUGACAGCUCUGGAAAUCAAAACUCUGCCCAUCCGCUCCCCCAAAGUCUCCAAUGUCAAAAGAGCUCUGAAAGGAUACCAUGAGCAGCAGGUGAAAUCUCGAGCGUUGGAGGAAAGCUCAGUGCCUGAAGAUGCUGAAAAGCCUGGGAAUGAUGUGGAGGAAAAACCUCUGGGUGGAGACGAGGAAAAACUUGCAGCAGAUUUGGUGGAAGGCGCCACGAGCAGCGAGCAGCCCCCGGUGGAUCUCCUGGGGCAGAUCCAGGCUCUGGCUGCCCAGCUGAGCUCAGAAGAUCUCCAUGGCUAUUCUGGCAGGCAGCUCUUUGAGAUGCAGGAGAAGCUGGCAGGGAUGGCCUCGUGCAUCCUGAGGAACCUGCAGGCUCGCUGGCGCUCCCCUCCCCACCAGGGCCCCGAGUAGCUGCAGCUCCUGGGGAGGACUUGGGUACAGCACUUGUCCCCCCACUUGUUUUCCUUCCUGCUAGGUUACUCCUGAAAUCUGCAUUUUGUGCUCUAAGAUGUUUUUUAACACCUCCAUAAAUUUACUAUCUUUUUGGGUUUUGGUUAUUGUUGGUUUUUUGUUUUUUUCUUUUUUCUUUUUAAUUUUUUUUGUUGUUUUUCUUUUUUUUCCCCCUAAUUUGUGGGACUGUUUCUUCCCUGGCAGAGGUGUUUUUGCUAUGCAUCUGCCUUUCAGGCAGUGAAACAAAACCUGACAAAGCUGUGCAAUAGCAAAGACUGUGAAAAACCAAACCAAGAGAGUAAUUAAAUUAUUUCCUUUUUUCAAACCCAAAGUGUUCUUACUGCUGCAAACUCUUGCUGUGGGGUGAGAGCUGCCAGCUCUGUCCCCCUCCUACCCCAGCUGGUUCCUUUGGAGCUGCUGAACUCUGGCAGCACCUGUGAGCUAAGCUGGGCUUCAUUCCUUCCAGCAGGAGCCUGGGAUUUGUACUGGAUCUAUUUUUCCAUGUAUUUUUGUACAAUUCAAGAUGAGGAGUGCUGAGGAAAUGUGCUUGUACAGGAGAAAGACUCUGCAGAGCCUCCCAGGCUUUUGGUUUGUUUGUUUGUUUGUUUGUUUGUUUGUUUGUUUGUUUUUCAUGGGGAAAUGGAUGAGUUGGACAAGAGCUCUUUGUAUAUUGUGUACAGACUCACAGCAGAUAUUGGGUAAUAAUUUAUGGAGUUUAACUGCAUGGACUGCAAUGCUGCUUCUUGGAGACCUUCGGCCAGAAUUCCCAGGUUUUUCCCUCUGGAAUUCUGAUCUGUAUAUAUGGGACUGUAGCUGUCCAGAUGGGUGUUUAUUGAAAGGAACUGCUGCGGGUGGUUUUAGAACUUCUAUAUGGGCAAAUAAAAGAGCAGAUAGUUCCCA